UGAAAUGGACAAAAAUGGAAUCUUAUGGAUACUUUUACUAGAAUCCAGGUUUUUUGUAGGAAAUGUAAUUGAUACGAUACUGCUCAAAGUAAUUUCCUUCAACUUCCAUUUUCCAACAUUUUUAACAUGCUUCUUUUUUUCUAAUAUUUUUUUAAAAUAUUCGCUAUUUUUAGAAAGCAUUUAAAAAACUCAAUCUAAUUUAAAAAACUAUGUAUGGAGAUUUGUAUACCUGUGGCUUAUAUCUCAAUACCGAAACACACUUUAUAAAAAAAAUCUAACUACGCCCCGGAAUUCUGGAUUCUACGUUCUAGUCUAUAGUAAUUAUCCUCGUAAAUGACAAAACAAGAAUUCGUAAGGAGCCAGAUAAUAUUUUGCAGCAGUUGUCGAAACAAUGUCCAAUAAUAUGACAAUACCAUCCAAAUUUUAUUAAAUUCCUUAUUUCUGGCUAAUGUAUUCGCCUGGCGUUGUGGCGUUUCGUAAAAGAGGAAUUUGUCUUUUGCGGUUGAUAAUCUGUGGGGGAUUGGUAGUUGUAUACUGUGCGGCCUGUCUCCGUUCUCAUUCAUUCCGUUUCAAAUUUAUGUUCUGUGCUUGACGUUGUUUGGCGGAUGUUGUCGUUAUUGUACUUAUCAACUCCGUCAAAUUAAUUUUUAAAUUUAGUUUAACAUGAAGUUUAGUUGAGGCCUAAGAGAAUAUUUUUUGUAGGUCUGCUUAAAAAUGGAUUGUGUUUGGGCAUUUUUUUAGCUUUGUGCUCCUUGGUUAUGUUUGCAUUUUGUUGUCUUAUUGGCCCCUGUUAAAGUGCAGUUCGGGUUACUGCAGACAGAUGCUUAAUAAGAUGGAACAAGAUGACUUCUUAAGUAGUUUCAAAAAUGUCGAUUUCUCAAAAACGAAAAAGUUCGCUUUUAAAAAGUCAAAGCUGAAUACUACUCAGAAAAACCCAUGCGAGAUUGCUGAAUUGAACAUCAAAUUUUCCCCUGAACAUAUACUUAAUCAGAAGGCGUCGAUUUCUCGAUCUGAGUUGAAAAAGUCGUCUUCUACCAAUGCCAUGAAACUGAAUUCGCAAUUGGACAAAAAUAAUGCAGGGCACAUUUUACCUGACAAAUCAGAAAUACCUUGUUCUCCUACUAUUAGCAAUUAUUUUAAGAAGGAUUUGGACGACACUGUAACAAGACAACACAGUUUGAAUCCACAAGAAAGACUAUUAUUGUCAAAUCAACUGUCUCCUUCAGUUAGUAAAAUGCAUUUAAAUAAAUCUGGAAUAACCUCAACCCAGAGCCCGAAAAAAUCAAAAAAAUUUUCAUUUAAAAAAGUGAUCUCUACUAGCUCAAAUAGUUCUGAAACUUUUGAUCGUAAUGAGGGCAGUUCUGUAGAAAAUUCAUUUGUAAAUAGUGUAAGAAAAGAAAAUUGGCAAGACAGAAGUGAACAAUGUGUAGAAAAUGUUCUCAAAGGUAGAAAUACCAUUAAGAAUUUUGAAACAAGUCUUAAAGUUCAUGAAGAUAAGUUGAACCAGGAAUCUGGCGCAAAAUUGCAAAAUAAUGGUGAUAUUUCUUGUGUAACUGAAUCCAGUGAUAAGAAUUCCAAGUUAAUUCUGAAAGAUGAAGUUUUGUGUGUCAGUGAAUCACUACAAGCUACAGACGCUGAUUAUAUGGAUGAUGAGGAAUUCAAUAGAAAGUUUGGAAAUUUGGCAGAUAACUAUGAGGCGUGUGUAUCAGAUUCCAAUGCAUCCCUGAAUCAAUUAGAUACUAAGGAAUUGUUAGAUGAAGUCACAAUUAUAAACUGGGAGGAUGAGGACAUAUAUGAAAAUGAAAUAUCAUUAUCUGGUUUUAACAAUAGACAAGACGAUUCUCAUCAGUUUAAUGGGAAUUAUAUUCACACUGAGGAAGUGUUGAAUACUUUACGUGGAAUAUUUGGUUUGAGAAAUUUUAGGCCUCAUCAAAAAGAAAUCAUAAAUGCCAGUAUAUUGGGUCAUGAUUGUUUUGUGUUGAUGCCUACAGGGGGUGGCAAAAGUUUGUGUUAUCAGCUACCUGCUCUCAUAGUGCCAGGUGUUACAGUUGUUAUAUCACCUCUUAGAGCACUGAUCAGUGAUCAGGUAGAUAAACUAAAUCAGUUAGAUAUAGCUGCUGCCCAUUUGUGCUCUGAUGUGACCAAGGUCCAACAUGAGAAAAUCUUAUUUGGGCUCAGCACUAGAGAACCAACUAUUAAAUUGCUGUACCUGACUCCUGAGAAAAUAAGCGCCUCCCAGUCGAUGAUGAACGCGCUCAUGUCGCUUUAUCAUAGGGAAAAAUUAGUUCGUUUUGUGAUAGAUGAAGCCCACUGUCUUUCUCAAUGGGGCCAUGAUUUUCGGCCCGACUACAAACAAUUAUCUAAGUUACGACGAGAAUUUCCCAACGUUCCUAUAAUGUGUCUGACUGCCACCGCUACUAAACAGGUCGAAACAGAUGUGAUCCAUAUUUUAGGGCUCAAGAGUGUAAAAAGAUUUAUAAGGAGUUUUAACAGACCAAACAUUAAAUAUCAGGUGGUACCAAAACACUCCAGUAAGAAAGCAGUUGAAGAUAUUGCUGAACUAAUAAAAAAUAAAUUUUCCAAAAUGUCAGGUAUUGUUUAUUGCCUGAGUCGAAAAGAUUGCGACAAUUUGGCAGAGGAAUUUAAUGUCAUGGGGAUAAAAUCUAAACCAUAUCACGCCGGUAUGACUGAUAAAGUUAGGGACGUUAUACAACGAGAAUGGAUGCAAGAUCGUUUUUACGUAAUAGUUGCGACUAUAGCCUUUGGAAUGGGUAUUGAUAAACCUGACGUAAGGUUUGUCAUUCAUAAUUCCAUACCUAAAUCUGUCGAAGCGUUUUACCAGGAGUCUGGAAGAGCAGGCAGAGAUGGAGAAGUUUCAUAUUCUUAUUUGUUCUACAAUUAUGGCGAUGUUGGAAGACUGAAAAAGUUAAUACAAUGUGACAGGAAUAUGCCAAAGAAAACAUUAGAUGCUCAUUUUGAAAAUUUAAAUCAGAUGGUAGCAUUUGCUGAAAAUGUUGUGGAUUGCAGACGACACUUACAAUUGAUACACUUGGGUGAGCAUUUUGACAGAAAAGUUUGUAUUAAAAACCGAAAAACUGUUUGUGACAACUGUGAAAACAUUAAUACCUACAAAAUGUUAGAGGUUACAAAAGAAGCCCAUGAAUUAUGUCAGAUUGUUGAAGAUAUUGGGUGCAACGAGAAUGUCACAAUGUUAUAUGUUGUAGAUAUAUACAGGGGAGCAAAAACUAAGAAAAUUUUUGCUCGAAAUCAUAACCAACAUAAAUAUUAUGGGGCGGGCAGUACCAAGGAUCGGAAUAAUGUGCAGCGAAUUUUGAAAGAGUUGAUUAUGAAACAUGUCUUGUCAGAUUUCUGCACUUAUACUGGAGAUUUUCCAGUGGUUUAUAUUAAACCCGGUCCAAAAUUUUACAUUUUUAAAAGUUCCAACUCCAAACUUAUGUUACCAAUAUCAACAACUGACAGAAGAAAGUUUGAAGUUACCAGAGAUAAAAAUUUAACUCCGGAAAAGGUUAUUAAGGAUGGGAAUCAAUCCCGAAUUAUUGAACCUGUGGACAAAAUUGCUGCCUUUAAACCUUCAACGUCCGCCAAAGUAAAUGCAGUAAAGAGGUCUAAUAAUACCAAGUUACAAGCAGCUAGAAAAAUGCAGAUUAGUCACAUCAAGGUGACAUGCCAUGAAGAAUUAUUAGAAGUGUGUCGUUCACUAGCUAUGGAAAAAAACUUAACGUUAUCGUCAGUUAUGAAUCUUUCAGCCAUUAAAAAUAUGUCCGAAGUGUUACCUAAAACUAAGGAAGAGAUGUUAAAAAUACAGCAUGUGACUGCAGCCAAUUAUAAUAAAUAUGGCGAACAUUUCUUGAAGGUAACUCAAAAAUACAGGCAAAAGGUUGACGAAAUGAUGCCAGUGCCAGAGGGGUCCGACGUGCUGGCAUCAGAUGCAGAGCAAGAUCAUUUUCAAGCCAAUGAUUGCGCUAAGAUCCCAGCUAAACAGGGUGUUAAGCGAAAAACUGCAGCUUUCUACAAAUCUGGAGGAUAUAAUAAAAGAUAUAAAAAAACAAAAACUGCCAACAAAGGGAAGACUAAAUGGAUGUCAAAAAAGAAAAAUAGUGGGAGUGGAUUGGGCUUAAUGCCCGUAAUACAUUUCAAAUGAUAAUUGGCUAUUUCUUUGUUGUAAUUGAAGUUCUACUUUUUUAUAGUGCAUA